AUGACGGCUGCCAGCCACGUACUCAUGGACCAAAUCACUUGCCAUCGGCUGGAACAACCGAACCACGUGUACGUUAAUGCCUACUUUUGCAUCUUCGUUCAGGAGGAAGCGGUCAAUGCAACACUCCGGGAGAGCGUCCUUUUUGGCCUCUCCACCGUUCUUCUGAUUCAAGGCACAGACACGCUGUUGGAGAACUUGAACAUCAAUUGGGCCCUCAACUCGGAUGGUCUCCCCUUUGCUCUUGGAUUCAAUACAUGCAACAUCAUGCCGGGCCCAUCGACCAACAAUACAAUGAUGCGCAACGUCAAGUCCUUGGCGCAAUUGGGAGGGUAUGGCCUCAACAUUUCUGGAACCGACACCCUGGUCGAGGAUUCCGUCUUUGGCCAUUUCUCUGAUAAUGUCGGGCUUAACAUGGCGCUUGCCGUCUACAUUCACCAUAUCAGCAGGAACACCCUCCUCCAGGGCUCUGACCGGUUUGCUUUAAGGCUUCAAGCCACCGUUGGCCUCGAGACCUUUGGGCAAAACGUCACGGUGCGCAAUGCCACCUUCAACAACAACAUGUACGAGCCAACGACCAUGAUCCGCGUGCGCGGAGGCUCUUGUCAGCUUGCCAACGUCCUCCUUGUCAAUUACCUGCCCUUGGGCUGCUCACCGACCAAUCCCAGAAGCGUCUAUCAAAAUAUGUCUAUGUCUGCAACUGCCGUGUCCUUGCGGAACGUGACCAACAGCAGUGCAACAGGCCUCAUCAUACCUGUGACUCUGGGUGCGGCUGCCGGGCUGAAGGUUGAAAUGAGUCACAACAUUAAGAUCGAGAACCCGCACAUUGUUCUGUCAACCACAUGGACCGACAAAGCUGUAACCGUUGCGCCUUACCAGAGUGGCUUGGUAUUGGACUACAAGCAUAGACCUGGGUCCGACAUAUACAUCAGCAACUGUGAACUGACGUUCCACCCUCCUCAAACCAGUACCACCUAUAUCCACGCCACAGACACCAGCACCAAUGUGAUAAUUGGUGUCCGUGUGCCCCAGUUACUACUAUCUUGGAGUACAACGCAAGGCACGGUGCUUUGUGCCAAUGCCUCCAUUGGCAUGCUCAGCGAGGCAAAAACCAUGGCCGUCGUGGCAGCUUGGUUUGCCGACGUUGGCCAAGGCGUCGUCCAUGCCUCGGCAGAAUCUGCAACCUCACCUGCUGCUCUCAUCUACGAUUCAAUCUUCACAGGUCACAUGGAUGUGGCCAUUAGAUACCAAAGUGCACAGCCUCUGCGAGUGUAUAACGAUUUUGCGACUCGCCUCUUCUCGGGGACAGGUCGACAGCAGCGUGCUGGAACUGAAGAUUGA